AUGGUCGGAUAUCUCGAAAAUUAUGUCAGCACGACGCAAAAGGUGCAAAAGGCGCAAUCCAAGGAAUUCGAGAAGAUCUUGAAGGGCAUUGCGGACAUGUACCUCGAAACCGAGAAGAGCCUCAAGUCUACUGUCCUCCCGAUUCUCGAAAAACUACACGGCGAGAUAAAAGCCAAAUCCAAAGAACUCCAUAAUGGAGCUACUAAGGCUGCGAAGCAGGUCGCCAAGGCGCGCACGACUACCCAGAAGCAUAUCGAACUUCUCGGGCAAUAUACUGCGGCCUUCGAUUCCGCGACAAAAUCAAAACAGGAGGCCUUGAAUGACCCGUACAUCCUGUCGCGCGGGGUGGUAUACCGCCUGAACAAACAAAUCAUCGAAGAGAAUAAUAAUUUGAAAGAGCUCCUCGCCAUACAGAACUCUUUCCAACAAUUCGAGGCGCACAUCCUGGAAACAGUGCAGGAUGCGCUCAAUCGGUUCUUCCAAUGUAUGGGUGCCCAGUCCGAUCGGCAGCGGGCCAUGUACGCCGACAUGGUCAGCACAGGACAGCAGAUCCCAACGGACUUUGAAUGGGCGAACUUCUUUGAGAAAAACGAUGCUUCUCUGAUCAACCCCAACACUCCGCCGCGCUCUAUGUCUAAUAUCACGUUUCCCAACCAAGAGCACCGCUCGACAAAACCCCUAGUGGAAGGGACGAUACAGCGCAAAUCUCGUGCCGUCAUGAAAGGAUAUAGUGACGGAUAUUAUGUGGUGACACCAGCAGGCUUCCUUCACGGGUUCAAGGACAAUGACGACCUCCGUCACGAUCCCCAGCCUGAUAUCUCUCUCUACCUGCCCGACUGCACCAUCGGCAACUUCGAUGGGCUCAAAUUCUCCGUCAAGGGGAAGGAUGUGUCCGGAGGCAAAGUCGGAAACGCCUUCCAUAUGACCUCUGAACUACACUUCAAGACACAUAGCAAGAACCAGAUCGAUGAAUGGGCGAGUGCGCUCUCUAGCUUCGUUGGAUCAUCCUCGGCCGGCGGCAGCCAGCCAACCAGCCCCACGGUGCAGAGGAGCGCGAGCACCCCGCGGUCCCCGACGGCGACGGAGUCUGCUGUCAUGCCACCGUUGGCUGAGAGUAAGCCUGUUGAUGAGAAGGCGGAUCCUGCGGCGGCGCCCGCGCAGAAGCAAGAAGAUGGGAUUGUUGCCGUGGAUAAGGGGGAGAAAUCCGCAUAG